AUGUUUGUGUUGAUCGCUCGACAAUGUCUAUUAAGAUAUUUUCUUGUCGUCUUUCUGGUCGUAUUCGUUAUCAUUAUGAUAAUCGGAUUCAGUAUUUUUACAACAGAAGACCAUGAAGUUUUCAUCAAUGAACCUAUUCUCCACGAUGAACCAGACCAUCAUGAAGCUGGAGCAGCAGAUGCUAUUAAAGAGUCCAUUAAACAUCCGAUCAUCAUGUGGUGGUCAAAGUUUACUGGGCAGAAGUAUGAAGAACGUGUGUGUGGGGAUGUCACAUGUGUAUUCACAGAGGACAGGCACUAUAAAAACCAUCCUAACACAAAGGUGUUUAUGUUUUAUGGGUCAGACUUCAAUGUCAAUGACCUGCCAUUGCCAAGAAAGCCCCACCAUGAGUGGGCUCUGUUUCAUGAGGAGUCUCCCAAAAAUAAUUAUCUCUUCUCCCAUGCAGACAUAAUGACAAUGUUUAACCACACCUGCACAUUCAAGAGGGAGUCUGAUUACUCCAUUACCACACAGCACUUACCCACCUUGGAUUGGUUGGAGGAUACACAAUACCUGCUGUCAACUGGUACCAAGAAUAGCUACCUAGACGAGUUGGCACCCAUCAUGUAUGUCCACAGUGACUGUGACACACCUUCUGACCGGGACACAUACAUUAGCCUUUUACAGAAAUACAUCAAGGUUGAUUCCUAUGGAACUUGUCUUCAUAAUAAAGAUCUACCUCAACACCUCAUUGAUCCUAUCAAGGGAAUGCUUCACAAAGAUUUCUUGAAUCUUGUGGCCAGAUACAAGUUUGCUUUCUCCAUGGAAAACGGCAUCUGUGAUGAUUAUAUAACAGAGAAAUUAUGGAGGCCUCUGAUGGUCGGAACAGUUCCUGUAGUUCUUGGUUCAAGCAAAGUGCAGGAUUUCCUCCCUGCCCACAAAUCAGCCAUUUUAAUCAAUGAGUUCAAGACGGUUGAGGAUUUGGCUAAGCAGUUGCUUUUCUUGAAUAGCAAUGAUGCUGAAUAUGAGCAGUAUCUUCGUUGGAAGAAGACCGGUGUCACCAAUAAAUAUUUGAAAAAGGUAAUGAGGGACCGUGAGUGGGAGGCUCCUCUUGAUGGUCUCCCAUCAGAUGGAGGGAUAAACUUCAUUGAGGGUUUUGAGUGUUUUGUCUGUAAAAGGACACAUGAGAAUCUGAGACUUUUAAAAGAAGGCAAGCCCCAGAAAUUGUUUCAGGCAAGUCUUGAGCACUACGGCUGUCCGAUGCCUGUUCGGUUCAACUCGCUUGGACAGAGAGUUGACUCUAGUGACUGGGCACAUGAAUGGCACGAAAAGCAGAAGAUUGCCAAAGCUCUCAGAUAUUAUAUUGAUAGGGGCAAGAAUUUCACCUUGAAAGAACUUCAUGAAUUUAAGUAUACUCCAGAUUAA